GGUUCAGUCCACUGGUAAAAUUCCGAGAAUUACGAGCUGCGUCUUCUCAGAAGAGUUCUUCCAAGAACUGUCUUCGCCGGACUCUUCCAAGAAAAACACACCAGGUGAACAAAAUGUCAAGUGCAGCAGACGGCUGCGUUAAAUUCACUCGCCAUGCCGGUGACGUGCUGUUCAACUUCAACCGGCUCCGCAGCAGAAACAUCCUGACUGAUGUCACCAUUGUGGUCGGUGGGCAGCAAUUCCAGGCCCAUAAGACAGUUCUGAUGGCAUGCAGCGGCCUCUUCUACUCCAUGUUUGCAGACACUCAUAAGAGCAACUUGAGCUUCAUAAGUUUAGAUCCAAAGGUGGACCCCGAUGGCUUCGCCAUACUGCUGGAGUUCAUGUAUACGUCUUGCCUCACUCUUAAAGAUAACUUCAUUAUUGCCACCCUCAACACAGCCACAUACCUACAGAUGGACCAUGUGAUGGACACAUGCCAGAGGUAUAUAGACUCCAGGGGCUUGUGUGUGAAGCAGACCAGAGCGGAGAUGCUGGUUAAUCACGGCUGUUUAACUCCCUUCAUCCUCCGAGAUGCCCUGAACAGCCAAUCCAGUGUGAACCUCAGCACUUACGGUCCCCCCAACCUGCACUACGCAGUCAGCACUUCCACAGAGAGCCCAACUCGCUUCUACAGACAUCUACCUCUCCCGCUGGAGACCUCCAACACCCCGAACCCCCUCAGGCAGAUGCCCAAGACCGGCGUAAUAGCCCUUCAACAGCACUCCACCAGGACCAUGACUAAUGCAGGGGAAGAGAGGACCCGUCCAUCUGUGCUCUUUCGUUCAGCUCGAGCUGAAGCGGAGGGAGACCGCAAGGCUCCGAUUCUGCACUCAGAGGUGGAGAACAGCAGCGGUCCCGAGAGCCCUCUCAGAUCAGACUGCCAACCCAACUCCCCUGCAGAGUCCAGCAGCUGCAGUCGAGGGGCGGCGUCUCCUCCCAGCUCCAUCACUCACCCGAAGGCCCACAACUGGAAGAAGUACAAGUUCAUCGUGCUGAACUCCACCGAUGGAGCGACUGACGGCAGCUCACUGACUCCGUCCCACGUAGUUGCAGAAUCCACCAACAAGAACUUUGAGGAGCAACUCAUCACGGAUAGAAGAUCUGCAGACGAUUGCAUCAAAAAAGAGGAGCGUGGCUCUUCACUUCCCAACACUUUGACAGAGGAGAGCAGCUUGAGACCCACAGGACCUGAGAGGGACAGACUCUAUUGUAGCGAGUGCGAGUCCAAGAGCGAAUCUGACGCAGAGAAGCCACAGUGGCUGCAGGACGGAAAACCAUACAAGUGUGACCGCUGCCAAGCCAUGUUCCGCUAUAAAGGAAACCUAGCUAGCCACAAGUCCGUCCACACAGGAGAGAAACCGUACCGCUGCAACGUAUGUGGAGCUCAGUUCAACAGGCCUGCCAAUCUGAAGACACACUCACGGAUCCACUCUGGGGAAAAACCGUACAAAUGUGAAACCUGCGGCUCUCGCUUUGUCCAGGUGGCUCAUCUGAGGGCUCACGUACUGAUCCACACUGGAGAGAAACCGUACCCGUGUGACAUCUGCGGCACACGCUUCCGCCACCUGCAGACGCUGAAGAGCCACUUACGGAUACACACGGGCGAGAAGCCUUAUCAUUGUGAGAACUGUGACCUGCACUUCCGUCACAAGAGUCAGCUGCGUCUGCAUCUGCGGCAGAAGCACGGUGCCGUCACCAACACCAAGAUCCAGCACCGCAGAAGCAGAACAGACCUGCCCGUCGGCUCCCUCGCGACCUCUUGAGAAAACCUCGAACUGUUCAGAGACUCCACAAAAACCUUUUCAAGUAAAGCUAUGCUGAAGGAGACCGGAUCCUUUACUGGUACUGCCACAAGAAAAGCUAUCAGAAAAUACAGACGCUGAUACUGCAUGGAUCUUUGUGAUGCCAAUGUUUACUCGUAUGGUGAAGUUACAUAUUAUUUCUGAAAUAUGAAGGACCUAGUGCACCAGCACGUUCUGGUUCACACUUCAUGAUUUCAGCCGGGUCUCAUGAUGGUUUAAGAUUUUAAUAAUUAUGUAAAUACUGACUUCCAAGCAUUGUACUUAAGUUCUUGUCAAUACACACUGCAAAUUCUUAGUGUAAGAACAUAAUUUUAUCUCUAUUUAUUUUUUUAAGAAUGCUAUUUCACUCCCCCUCCUGGCAAACUAUGCACUGUAUAUAAAAUAUACAAGGGGACGAUUGGUACAAAAAAAAAACGUUUUAUCAAUGUGGUACAUUUAAAGAAGCUCUGUUUGUCUAAUUAUAUUGUAUUUACAUGUGUUUGUACAGUUGUUUUGGUACUAGAGGGCAAAAUGUCCUUGCAAUUAAAUAUUUGAUACCAAACAAA